AUGGGACGUCCCUCUUCUGCCGCCGGGAAAGGCGGGUGCUGGACGUGUCGAUUGCGACGAAAGAAAUGCGAUGAGAUCCGAGAAGGCGAUUCGUGCCAGACGUGUCGAAGGUUGCAGCUGAAGUGCCUCGGGUGGGGCCCGAAGAGACCUGAGUGGAUGAGGGACAAGGACGCCGUCGCGCAAUACAAGGCUGAAAUCAAGGCUCACCUCCUCAAACUCGGCCUCAUCCGCGGCCAGCCCCGUUCCAACUUCAUCCAAACCAUCCCUUCCACAUCAACGGGUUCCUCGGCCCCACCACUCAGCCGUCAUCACUCUGGCGGUGAACUCCAGUCAUCCUUCCGCCACGACCGCCAUGACCAACGCCAGCAAAUCACGCUCAGCCCACAGUCCCGUGGACAUUCGCUGGGACUCGGACUGGGUUUGGGACAAGAACAUAGCCACGGAGGGAUGGGCCACGCCGAGUUUGGCCAUGGGGGUGUGUUCGGCUUCGAACAUACGCCGCCUCUGGACAUGAACUUCCCAUCAAACGCUGUGACAGGUCACGAUGUUUCUGCAAUGUCGUCCGCCUUUGAUUUCCCUAGUACGAACAUGGGUGCUGGUUCGCUUUCUUCUUUGGCUGGGACGAACCUUCCUCUUUCUGCAGCGACUACCCCGACCGGCUUACUGGGAUUCGAUACGGAUCAUGUCGUUUAUUAUUUCGACAACGUGAAGGGUCUGCAAUACCUCUUCUCGACAAAACAGGCAAUGGAUGCCUUGUACGCUACGCUUACCGAAGAUCCCUCGCACUCCCUCACGGACGCCGUCUGCGCUAUCGCCAGCCUGCACUAUAACCGCACACAACCUGCUUCCCUUCCUUCCUCCUCCAUGAAUCAUCCUCCAGACGACACCCUCGCCCACUUCUUCCACUCCCAAGCCGCCUAUCCGCUCACCUCCAUCUCCCAACGAGGCCUACACUCCCACAUCACCGAAUACGACGUGAUGACGGCUUUGCACCUCGUCAGUUACUCGCUGGCGAGCGUAGGCGGGAAGGUGGUGAACGGGUCGACGGGAUGGGGAGGAAUGGCGGAUUUCGCGAUUGAGUGGUUGACGCAGACGAACUUGCAUCUAGAAGAUAAUCCGAAGGAAGCCAUGGCGAAGAUGAGUCCGAGCGGCGCAUUCGCCGUGAGAGCGACGAUGUGCAUCGACAUCUUUAUGAGCCUCACCAUCAGGCAGCCGCCCCGACUUCUCGCACUCUACCGGCGCCUCUUGGGUGACGGCAACAGCGGGAACAACGGAGGCAACGGCUGUGGGGUGGAGCAGCUCAUCGUCUGCACGGAUGGCGUCCUGCUAGCACUAGCUGAGAUGGCCGCUCUGGCGCAUUGGAAGGCGCAAGAGACCCGCAACAACUCGUUGAGCAUGCGAGAGCUGGUUGCGCGCGGCAACGCGAUAGAACGGUCGCUCAGCCAGCAUAGGGAUAUGUCCGUCGACAUCUCGCUCGCCACAUUCGGAGAUAUGCACCGUGAUAGUGCGGGGAUGAUCGAGGAGAUGUCGAGGAAGUUGGCCGCUGCGAUUUGGUUCGAGGCGGCGAUGAUGUACUUGAAUUCAAUCUUGAGCGGGCCUUGUCCUAGCGUACCGGAGAUCACGAGCUCAGCCAACACGAUCAUGCAUCUAUUGCAACGACUGCCCACAACGAACCUGGACCGUGCUUUGUUGCUGCCGUUGGGCAUCGCCGGUGGCCUGAUGGACGACCAGCAGCAGCGAAUGACGGUUAGGAAUAGACUGUUAAGAUUCGGGGAGGAUAAUGUGAACGUACGGCAGAUUGUAGGGUUGAUGCUGGCGGUGUGGCAGAGACGGGAUUCUACUGGCACAGUGGUUGACUGGCGAGACGUUAUGCAGGAGCAGGCUCUGGCGCUGUUGUUCAUGUAA